AUGACUCGCGCCGAUGGCGGUACCGGCGACGCUAACAGCGGUCGAUACAAUCUUGCCGACGAACUUCUCUUGCUUCAAGAUGAACCCUACAUCAUCUCACAGGAGCUCGGCGUCGAUGAUAUGAACGCCUCCGAACAGCUCUCCACCCUCGAUGGUGCCAUCGACGCUAUCACUUCCAGUCCGGACAAUGUCUCGAAUUCCGACAUUUACGACCUCAUCCGUUCCUACCUCAAACAUUUCGCCAACCUCUGCCCCAAUGCUUGCAACAAACUUCUCGACGUUAUCGCUUCAGGAAUGUCCAGCGCACUCGACGAAGCACAGCGCGAGCUUGAUGGCGACGAUCCCAACGCAUACACUUCCCACGCUGAAACCCUUGAGCGAUACGCCUUCCUCCUCCAAUGGCUUGUCUCGGUCGCAGAAAAGUACAGCGGUGCUCGCUCGGACAAUGGUGGCUCGGCUGCUGCCAUUGUGGCUGCUAGGGGAGUUUCUGCUAGUCGUCGUGGUGGAGCGAGCGCCAAAUCCGCUGCAGCUGCGGCUGCGGCUGCCAAGUCUGGCUCCGCAAGAGCCGACGCUUGGGCCUGGUCCAACUCGAUUCCUGCUGUGCUUACGCUCAUGUCCAAGGCAGCACGCGUACGAAGCGAGCGCAUGUGGACCGUCUCGGCUGCCCGCGACUCUUUUGUCUCUGGCUGCCUCUUGCGUCCAGCUCUGCUCCUCCAGGAAAACGAAUUGUAUCUCAAGAGCCAACCCAUCAAGCUCGGCAUCUUCAAGGUCAUCUGCCAGGCCGUCAAGGCUCAUGGUCAGGCCUUCAGCGCACAAACCAGCAUCAUGCAGUCACUACAGUACUAUGAGCACCUCGCUGAACCCAUGGCAGAGCUCUUAGCCGUCAUGCGUCUCGAGUUCGACUACGAACGUCUCGGCGAAGACGUCCUCCGUGAAGUAGCCGCAAAGAACUUUGGAGCCAUGGACACAAAAAGUCCGCGUUCUUUUGGUCGCUUCCUCGUGCGAAUGGCCGAGCUCAGCCCACGUAGCGUCCUCAAACAGAUCAGCCUUCUCCAAAAGCACCUCGACUCGGAGUCCUACCCCAUGAGGAACGCGCUCAUCGAAACGCUUGGUCUUCUCAUAAAGGAGCUCGCUCUCACCGACGACUCUCUGAAUUCGGAUGGUGGAGAUGCCGGCAUCUCUGGAGAUGCAGCUGCUGACGAAAAUCGGGGCAGUGCCGAAGCGCGCAAAAAGCAGAUCGAGACCUUCUUCGACCUCCUCAUCGAACGCUUCCUCGACCUCAACUCAUACGUACGUUCCAAGCUGAUCACUGUCUGUGCCCGUCUCUUGGAUCUGCCCACCAAAUUCCCCAAGCAGCGCACCGAGAUCACCGAAAUGGUCAUCCGCCAUCUCGAGGACAAAAGCAGCGGUGUUCGCAAAAAUGCCAUCGCACUCCUCACAAAACUCAUCCUCACCCAUCCCUUUGGCAUGCUUCACGGCGGCGAACUCUGUCUUCAAGAAUGGCAGGCCCGAUACGAUCUUGUCUCCAAGGAGCUUCAAGAGACCGAAGGUUCCCUCAACUUGCCAGGCGAGCGGUCCCUCGACCGCGACGAGAGCGAGUCGGAAGCUGCAGACGACUUGGAUGAAGACAUGGAUGAAGAUCGAGACGACGUAGAAGAACAACAAGAUGGAGAUGACACGGUCAUGCAGGACAAUGACGAGUCCGACGACCAAGAUGCUCCUCCUUCUCGCAACCGCCAUUCUUCCAAAAAGUCCAAGGACAAGGCGCAACACAGCAAACCCAAGAAAGCUCGGCGAUCCGGCGUCGAUCUGGAGGCUCUCGCGACUGCUCAGGCCGAGAUGGAACCCGUCGACGCUGAAAAGGUCAUGCGCCUGCGUCUCACCAAGCGCUAUUACACAGACGCCAUUGCCUUUAUCACCCAGAUCGAGACCGCCAUGCCCAACUUGACGCUGUUGCUAGCCUCGACCAACAAAGCCGAAGUGCUCGAGAGCAUGGAAUUCUUCCGCGUCGCUCACGAGUACAAGCUCUCGGGCUCGGCUCAAGGCGUACGCAAGAUGGUCCAUCUCAUCUGGACCAAGGACAACACUCUCGUCAUGGAGGAUGGCAUUCAGCUCAAAGGCGUUCGGUCGCGUCUCAUCGAGGUCUACCGUGCCCUCUAUUUUGACGCUCGUGCCGAUCUCAACGCCAAGGACAACAUUGCUCGCAUCGCCAAGAACAUGAUCGAACGCACUUUUGGCGCCACAUUGGCCGAACUGACCUCGCUCGAAGAGAUGCUCAAGACCAUGCAGAUCGAGAACCUCGUUCACCCCGAAGUCGUCAACAAGCUCUGGGCCGUCUACUCGGCGCCUCGUGCCAUUUCUGCCGCACAACGUCGAGGUGCUAUCAUCGUUCUCGGUAUGCUCGCCACUGCCAGGCGCGAGAUCAUAUCCGAGCAUGUCGACACGCUUCUCCGUGUAGGUCUCGGUCCGCUGGGUGCGCGCGAUGUCAUUCUGGCCAAGUACACCUGUGUUGCGCUGCAAAGACUCGGCGGCAGCGUCAAAAAGGUCAAAGGCGCUCUCAGCGACGAGAGUGUCCGUUAUCCUAUGACCCACGCUCUCUUUGGCCGUCUUCGUGCUGCCAUCCAAAUGUCGGGAGAUGUGCUCAAGGGAAACAGCCGCGCAGAGUGGUUCAGCUUGGCCGAAAACGCCAUCAACACCAUCUACCUCUUGGGCGAGCAGCCCGAUGCUCUUUGCACCGAUAUCGUUCGCAGCAUGACUUCGCGUGUUUUUGGCAGCAAUACUGGCAAGUCGAACCGCCAAGAGGACGACGCUGCGGCCAGCGAAGCUUCCAUGUCGGAUGCAAGAGAUGUGGCUUCGAGCUCAGAUACACCCAUCAUGGGUGAUGCGUUCCAACUUGCCCAACUGCUCUUCCUUGUAGGACAUGUGGCGCUCAAGCACAUCGUCUACCUCGAGUUGGUCGAGCGAGAGUACAAGCGACGAAAAGCCGAGGCUGACAAGGAAAAGGCUGUGGCAAAAGCUGUUUCGCAAGGCAAGGCCAGUCGAGCUGCUGCUGCUGCUGCUGCGGCUGCGGUCGAGGAACUUGAUCAAGUUGCCGGUAAUGCCGAGGACGAGAUCGGCGAGGUGAUCGCCAGUGUCCGCGAAAAGGAGCUACUCUACGGUAGUCGAAGUGUGCUGGCCAUGUUUGGUCCCAUCAUCACACACAUUUGCAGCAGCCCCAAGUCGUACCCGAACGAGCUGGUGCGUCGUGCUGCCGUGCUGACGCUUUGCAAGUUUAUGUGCGUCUCUUCAACGUUCUGCGAAGCCAACUUGGCCUUGUUGCUUCACAUCCUCACCACGUCCAAGGACGCCGUGAUCCGCAGCAACGUCGUGAUUGCGCUUGGAGAUAUCGCCGUCUGCUUUGGCUCACUCGUCGACGAGAACUCGGAUCGUCUCUAUGCCGGUCUGGCCGACUCAGAUCUGUCGGUCAAGAAACACACGCUCAUGGUGCUCACUCACUUGAUCCUCAACGGAAUGAUCAAGGUCAAAGGUCAGCUUGGCGAGAUGGCCAAGUGCCUUGAAGACCCCGAGCCGCGUGUUUCGGACUUGGCCAAGCUGUUCUUCUCGGAACUUGCGACCAAGGAGAAUGCUGUGUACAACAACUUGCCCGAUAUCAUUUCGCACCUGUCGAUCGGAAAGCACGCCGUAGACGAAGAGACGUUCGCGCGCACGAUGCGGUUCAUCUUUACUUUCAUCGACAAGGAGAAGCAGGCGGAGAACGUGGUCGAGAAGCUCUGUCAGCGAUUCCGGCUGACCAGCUCGGAACGGCAGUGGCGCGAUAUCGCGUUUUGUCUUUCGCUUUUGCCGUACAAGAGCGAAAGGUCGGUCAAGAAGCUCAUCGAAGGCCUGCCUUUCUAUCAGGACAAGCUGUACCAUGCCGAGGUAUACAAGCGAUUCCAGGAGAUAUUGGCCAAAGCGCGUGCAAACAAGACGGCGGCUUCGGGUGGAGGAGGUGGUCGAGUAGCAAACGGUGGUGCUGCUGGAGCCAGCUCGGAAGGUGCGGGCGAUUUGCGCGAGUUCGAAGAGAUUCUGGCUCAAGCGGCGGCAAAGGGUGAGCAGGAUGAGGCAUUCGAAGGUGCUGCUCACGCCAAAGUGGCCAAGCUGACAAGAGCCCGCAAGAGUGGUAAGCCGAGUAAUGCGGCAGCAGCCAAGAAGAGCACGAGAGCAAGUACCAGAGUUUCGGUCGCCAGUGAAGCGUAA